UUAAUGGACGGUUUUGAUCAAAAAAAAGAACACCUAUUAAAGGAAAUAGUCUUUAACUCAGAAAGCAACCCCGAUGCUUCUCCCAAGGGAACGAUUGACGCUCUUUGUCUGCCACUUAUCUUUCUGAUAAAUUCACACAAGAAUAUGGUAACGACAUCAUCUUGUUCAGGUCGUGUGUCCGUUUUCGUUGAAGGCUCCAAAGAGUUAGGCAUUGAACAGAAAAAUGCUGAAGGAGAAAAGAUAAUAAAAAUAGGUGCCAAAGGUGAUGGCGGUCGUUGGCUGUUUGUUUCUCACGAGAAAGGUGAUAUACAGGGAUGGUGGACUCAUAAGGAUGUUGCAUUGAAGUUCGAAGCACCACCCAAAAACGGAGACUAUAGUGUAGAAACAAGGUAUGUGCUUUUCAAAUAUGAACCUCUUAUUCUGCAUGUCCAGUGCCGUGAUUUCAAGGCUGCAUCACGGCUCUAUAGUGUUGCAAUGGGAUGUGGGUUUAGAGAAUCCGGAAUUGGAGCAAAUAACAAUGUUGCAAUCAGGAUAUCACUCAGAUUAGAUGUCCCGAUAGGUUAUAUUAAUGAAAACGGUAAUAUAACGAGUGCUGUUGAAGAAUCAUAUUUACAGAUGAUAACGAAACUUGCUUAUGAUAGAUUUCUUGUGAACGAAGAAAAAAUGAAAAAGUUAUACGACAGAAUUGAACAAGAUAUCAUCAAACAAGCUGAGAGCGGGGAAGAAAAAGUUGAAACAAAGGAAGAAAGAAAGCAAAGGAAGAUGCUGGAAGGUCUCAGUAGAAGGGAUGAGGUUCGAAAAUUGAAGGAGGAGAAGAAAAGGCUGAAACAACUUGAAGCUGAAAACGCAAAAUGA